UCCGGUGACGUCAAUGGCGGCGCUAAGUUGUUUAGGUGAGCGCCAGGGUCUGAGCCAAACGUGGAGGCCGGGGACCGUUUUCGGUCGCAAUGCCUUACGCCAACCAGCCCACGGUGCGGAUCACCGAGCUCACAGACGAGAACGUCAAGUUCAUCAUCGAGAACACGGACCUGGCAGUGGCCAAUUCUAUCCGCCGAGUCUUCAUCGCCGAGGUGCCCAUCAUAGCCAUAGACUGGGUCCAAAUUGAUGCCAACUCUUCAGUGCUGCAUGAUGAAUUCAUUGCCCACAGGCUUGGAUUAAUCCCUCUUACAAGUGAUGACAUUGUAGACAAGCUGCAGUACUCCAGGGACUGUACAUGUGAAGAAUUUUGUCCUGAAUGCUCAGUAGAGUUUACACUCGAUGUCCGUUGCAAUGAAGACCAGACUCGCCAUGUCACGUCUCGAGAUCUCAUUUCUAAUACCCCCCGCGUCAUUCCGGUGACAUCCCGGAGUAGAGACAAUGACCCCAAUGAUUAUGUGGAACAGGAUGACAUCCUUAUUGUCAAACUCCGGAAAGGCCAGGAGCUGAGACUACGUGCCUAUGCUAAAAAGGGCAUUGGCAAGGAACACGCCAAAUGGAACCCUACAGCUGGAGUGGCCUUUGAGUAUGACCCAGAUAAUGCCUUGAGGCAUACAGUCUACCCAAAGCCUGAAGAGUGGCCAAAGAGUGAAUAUUCUGAGAUUGAUGAAGAUGAAGCCCAGGCUCCCUAUGACCCCAAUGGCAAACCAGAGAGGUUCUACUACAAUGUGGAGUCCUGUGGCUCUCUUCGCCCUGAAACCAUUGUCCUCUCUGCUUUGUCUGGUUUGAAGAAGAAAUUGAGUGACCUCCAGACCCAGCUCACCCAUGAGAUCCAGAGUGAUGUUCUAACUAUAAACUAGCAACAGUCAUUUCUAUCAGAAAUGGGACUCUACAGUAAUGGAUGGACUAAUAGCCUGAGAUUCUGCUUGCCAGACUGGAAAGUGGACUAAAAUUUGGCCUGUUCAAAGACCUGGCUAGCACAUUGCAGCUUUUAAGCCUAUUGCCAGUUUGGGAUGUUAAUUAACCUAGGAAGAUAUCAUGGGAAGGAGAGGUGGGAGGCUUUAUUCCUUACAAGAUUUCAUCCUGAUCUCCUUGGGUGUUCCCUUAGUAUGAACAGAAAAUAAAAAGCCUUUUCUCCAGGAAUCAGCAAA